CGCAAAAUAGUGAUUGGCCAUCCAUCCAGACCACUAGGUGGCAGAAAUACCAACUCCAGUCUUUCCAAAUGGAAUAGUCCAACGCGUCAUGAGUUUGCAACCAGCUGACAUCUGACAGAAUGAGUUCGAAGAAGAGCAGAAUGGGAAAGAUGCUGGACAGUGUUCAGAAGGAAAUUUUGAAUUCUGGAGCGAAGAAGCCCCGGAAGCCGAAAGGACUGGCGGUCUUGCCCAUAUCUCCCUUGGACGUGUCCUCCAUCGAGAAAGCCAGCUCCUUUGAAGAUGAAGAAGUUCUCAGUUUUGGUAACCCGCUGCACAGCACAGCUCUGGAGGAUGACUUCAGCCCUAACCAGGGUCAAAAGGUCGCGCCGGAGAAGAAGGGAGCAGAAGGGGGCGGGGCUAGCCGUGCCGAAACGCCGCGGAGGGUCCGCAGAUUGGACGAGGGGCAGACCCCGGGAAGGGCCCGUGCCCCGCCGCCAACGACGAACUCCGCCCCAAAGGGGGGCCAGCCACGCGCCCGGCGAAAGAGCCUGGGGGUGAAGUCGAGCAGCAGGGCUCUGCAGAGGGUUUCGGAGGGGCCCGAAUCGGGCGAGGCGACUGGCAGACGGAGACCGUCGUCCUCCUCGGGCGAGCUGAUUCCACCUGUCUCUGGAGAAGAGAGCGCAGAUGACUCGGACUCCGCCUCCUCAGGCUCUGCCGCACAGGAGCCGCCUCCCAAACGGACCAAGGGGGUCAGAGGUCAGGCAGCUCCUGCACUGCCUAAAAAGAAGCGAUCGAUUCAGCCCGGCGGCUCCGCCUCGUCCCUUGGGCAGGAGAUGGGUCGCUCGCGGAGCUCGGGCAGCGGGCCCAGAGAGAGCAGCACAGCGGGGGAGCAGCCAGCGAGCGCCAGAGCAGCCGCCGUACGCCGCAGGCGACGCUCCUCCCUGUCUUUUGAGGACCUGUCCGAGGAGGACCCCAGCUGGCACAAUCAGCCAGACAGGAAGUCAUCCGGGCCGCACGCGGGGGAGCGGAGGGAGCCGCCUGGGGGCAGGCCCAACCCGGGGCCCCAGAAGAGGAAGUCCUCCUCUGGAUCCUCAGGUGACGCUGGCCCGUCCAAUAAGAACAAACGGCGGGAAAGAGAUGUCAGGACUCCCAUUGAUCUCGACGUGGUAUUGGACGCUUUCCUGGAUUUCGUGUCGCACUACAAGGAGACCGUUGGCUCAGGCCCAGUCGAACAGGCUAUAGAUGCCGUCUCAGACAUGUUUGAGGAUCAGCUCACAGAACUGAUAACCAACACAAAGGAGUUGAACAGCUUGAGAAGGGAAAAUGUCAAGGUCAAUGGCACCAUUAACAAGAAACGCAGCAGACUACUCGAGAUCAAAAGUGAAUUGAUAACGAAGGAGACAGAGCUGAGGAACCUGCAGAAGGAGCAGGUGCGGCUGCAGGAGAGGCUGACCGACCUGCGGAAGGGAACCACCUUCCUGUCUGCCCUGAAGGACCUGCACAGGAAAUACCGGGCUCACUGUCAGAGAUACCCCGCCCAGGAGGAAGUGUAUGGCCCCUCCAGCGCGCCGGCUCUACUGCUGGAGGCCCGCGGGGUUCUGGGAGCCGAGCGCCAGCUGAAGAGCAUCAACGAGAGCCUGCAGAAGGCCCUGGACCUGGCCAAUCGGCAUUGAGCUCUCCAGUGGAUCCACCUCUCGGGCCAAUCGGCAUUGAGCUCUCUAGCAAAUCCCUUUCUGGGGCCAAUCGGCAUUGAGCUUUCCAGCAGAUCCACCUCUCCGGCCAGUCGGCAUUGAGCUCUCUAGCAGGUCCACCUCUGGUGCCAAUUGGCAUUGAGCUCAUCGCCAGAUCCAUCUCUGGGACCAAUCAGCAUUGAACUCUCCGGCAGAUCCACCCCUCUGGCCAAUCGCAGUUGUGCUGCCCAGCCUCUCCUGAUCGACCUCUCAGGACACUUGAUGUCAUUAAAUAGGAAGGAGAGAGAUUUUUAAUUCAAGUAAAAUUUGUAAAGCCGUGGAAGUAGUGGAGGUGUCAGUGUAAAUAAAAUGUAUGCAGAAUACUUAUUGAAAUUAAAAAGUAUAAGGUCAUGUAUGCAUACAUUAAGUUCUUAGCCCACAGAUCAUGUGUGCUUCAUAUGUUGUGUAGGUCCCCAGAAUCUUAACACGUGUCUUUCACUUCAGAGCUUUCCUAAAUUAGCAUGAAUGCUGGGUGUAAUCCCGAGGGUAUCAUAAAAACAUUACCGCAACGUGGUAUAAUAGGAUUGUGUUAUUUAGAAUUUGCCCUUUUAUUACGUUAUGAUAACUUUGGAACAGGAUGCACUAUGGGUAAAAAGAAACGUCCAUCAUUAACUAUUCUGUUGUGUUUAUGGGGACCCAUGUAGUUUAUGUACUAUUGUCUUAAGUACAUAUUUAUAAUUGCUCAUAAUUCAGGAAUGCACAAUAAUAAAAAAUACUAAAAAACA